AUGAAGACAGAAAAAUUAGUCAUUGUCGUGCACAACAUAUUGGGAGGACCGCUAAGCAGUAACGAUCGUCAUCCUUUCAAAUCUCCAAAAAUGUUUAUCUGCACCACAAUAGUCAUUGGAGCAAGUGCUGCAUUGUUCGUCCUUUGCAUGUGCGAUCUACGCAGGACACUGUACCAGCGAGACCUAGUGCUAAGCGUCAUCGAUCUCCUAAUGUUGCUUGGCAUUGCGUUCACAGUAUUUACGAUACACGUGUCUACGCUGAUAAAAUAUUUGCAAAAACCAAGCGAAUCUAUUCUUCAGUGCCUUGACGAUAUAGAUGGUCAUAUGUACACGUUAAACAUCGGACGAGGUUCUGCCCGAAACCUUUCGUUACAUUGUAUCGCAGCUUUUAGCACGACCAUCGUCAUAUCGGUUGGAUAUCUGUUGGCGACUGUGUUACGAAUCAAACGGCCAAAUGCUCUGGUGUUUGCGUUUAAAACAUACGGCCUAUUUGUGAUAUUUCUCAUGCAUGGACUGUUUCUCGUGUUGAGCUAUCAAAUUCUGGAACGUGUUCGAUGCAUGGUAAAGCAGCUGGAGAAAAUGAUAAACACUGCCAAGCGUCUGCAGGAUACAAGGAACACCGCCACGGAAUACGUUAGUAUACGAUUGAGCAGGGAGCUUAGUACGCUGGCCAUGGUACAAAUGCAGUGCUUUCGGGCGGUGAAUCAUUUAAACGAGGAAUGUGGCUUGCCAAAUGUUACUAUCUUUGGAAUGUUUUUCUACGUUCUCACAGCGAAAAGCUUUCAACUGUUUUAUGUUUGCUCGAUCGAAUUCAAACUGCACGGAUUUCAAUUCACUCACAUUUUAGAACCCAUCGUACUGAUAAUGGCAGUCUUUUUGUACUUUUUCGCUUCUACCUAUGUUGGAGAAUUACUCCAAAGAGAGACACAGUUCGUGAUCAACAAUAUCCAUAAGUUUGAGUGCAGACAUUCAACCGUGCAGCAAAGGACGAACCAAUCUGAGUUCGUUGAACAACUCGGUAAUCAGAUCCUGCAUCAGCCGCUUUGUUUCACCGUAAUGAACUUCUUUCAAAUAGAUUUUAAAUUUUUCCACUUGGUCAUGGCAUCGGUUGGAACGUAUCUAAUAAUAUUGUUGCAGUUUGACUUUCAAAAUUAG